GGAUGUAGCCAUUACAAUUCUUGCUAACUUAGUGGUGGUCGGUAAAACCCCGAACCAAACAUGAGCAGUAUCUGCCCUCUCUUCGCGCAAUAACAAACGCGCUUUCGACGAAAAGAAGAGACGCUGGAGAGCGAAGGAAGUAAACUUGACAUGUAGUUUUGUCAGUGUAGACCUAGGUAAAGUCACGAGUUCGUGGAUAAGACGGUUAAAAAGGAGGAAAACCUUCGUCGCAAAAAGAUUUUCGCAGUAGACUUUACAGAGCAAAGCGGCUGCCCCGGACUGUCCACUCCAACGUGCAUGUGUGGCAGAACAGAGGUGUGAAGAUCUCCUCGCCGAGUUCCUGGGAUGCUCGAACGACCUGUACCUCCAUGCUUUUCUCCAGAAGCUGAAGACAGGGUGUCAUUGAUAGAGCGAGUGACCCCUCUGAGCUCCUGCAAUGGCCCUUGUUCAGGCUUUGCCUUUAUCUGCUGAGCCCCACAGCCCAGGCCUUAGUGGAGGAGCCCGCAGACGUCACCCCUCUGCUCUUUCACCCCCCAUCAACGCACCACCACCCUCCACUCUGGAUCCUAUGGGCACGGUCAGCAGUCUUAUCACAGCCCGGCCCGGGCCCUACAAGGACCAUCCCCCUGGUGUUGAGUUGGGAGCCAGGGUCCGACGGCCCACACCAGGCGCCCCCUGUCUGGGCUCCCUGUCCCCCCAGGAACUCUUACUACAGAGCAUCCCGCCACUCAAGAAACAGAGCUCUGCUACUUUUAGUAAGGGGCUGGAGAAGGAGAGUGGGAGUGGAAGCUACACUUAUUUGAAUGAGGACUAUGUAGGCGACUGGAAUGACAACCAUGUAACAGGUGCCAGCCCAGGGAGUGACAUGGACGAGACUAAAGGAGGAUCAGGGCUGAAUGGGAAUAUGGGGGGACCUCCUCCAAAACUGAUCCCUGUGUCAGGAAAACUUGAGAAGAACAUGGAGAAAACAGUGCUGCGGCCCACUGCCUUCAAACCUGUAAUUCCUAAGAGCCGCACCUCCAUGCAGUACCUUUCCCCUCGCCACUGUGCCAACACAUCAGAAAGCCAAAACAAUCUGAAUCUGCUCAGCCCCACCCACAGAGAGGUGUCUCCCUCUUGCUCUGAGAAACGCAGCUUGUACAGCGGGGCCUGUAACGGUGCCGGUGGCAGCCAGUCCUGCUCAAUGUCUGACUCUGGACGCAACUCCCUCUCCAGCCUGCCCCCUUACAGCAGUGCCGGCUACAGCCUGGUAUCAGGAGAGGCCUCUGCUGGCCACCUGGAGCCCCUGAAGAGUGCUCGGCCCGUCGCUGCCCAUGGACACUCCAACUCAGACAGUGGGCGCUCUUCUUCCAGUAAGAGUACAGGCUCUGGGUCCAUAAGUGGCCAGGGACAGCCUCUGUCUGAGAGCGGGCGCUCCCCUGGUCCAGUGGAAGGCUACGAAGGUGUGGUGAGGGACCUGGAGGACAAACUGAGGGAGAGAGAACUGGAGCUACAGCAACUAAGAGACAACCUGGAUGAGAAUGAAGCUGCAAUUUGUCAGGUUUAUGAGGAGAAACAGAAGCGCUUUGAAUUGGAGCUGGAGGAGCUGAGGCAGAGCUGUGCUACCAGGAUGCAGGCAGCCUCCCAGAAGGCCCAGCGUGCACAGCAGGUGCUUCAGCUUCAGGUUUAUCAGCUCCAGCAGGAGAAGAAGAAGCUGCAGGAGGACUUUGCUCAGCUCCUGAAGGAGAGGGAGCAGCUGGAGGAGCGCUGCACUUCCUAUGAGCAUGAGAAGAUCCAGCUGGGGCCUCGACUGGAGGAGACCAAGUGGGAGGUCUGUCAGAAGUCAGGGGAAAUCUCGUUGCUGAAGCAGCAGCUGAAGGAAGUGCAGGGAGAGUUAUCUCAGCGUGUGGGGGAGAUUGUCUCACUGAGGGGUCAACUCAGAGAGACUCGAGGUGAGCUGACAAACAGCCAGGUCCUGCUCCAGGAGGCCCAUGGCACAACUCGCACACGAACGCUGGAGCUGGAGGUGUGUGAAAACGAACUUCAGCGUCGCAAGAGCGAAGCAGAGCUGCUCAGAGAAAAGGUAGGACACCUUCAGGGAGAGCUGGUUCAUCUCAGCGAUGCUUUGGGCCCAGGAAAUAGACAGUGUCAGGUGUUUCAGGAAGCCGAGGAGCACCUGCUCACCUAUGAAAGUGAUGAGGCAAAGGCCCAGCGGCAGAGCAGUGCUGAGGCCCUGCAGGUCAUGAAGAUGCAGAUGGACAGGAUGAGAGCCGAGCUGGCUUUUGAGCGUCAGCGGGCUGAGCAGCAAACAGGAAGCUUCAAGGAGGAGCGGAGGAUAUGGCAGGAGGAGAAGGACAAAGUAAUCCACUACCAGAAGCAGCUGCAGCAGAACUAUGUGCAAAUGUAUCGCAAGAACCGAGAGCUGGAGCAGCACCUGCAGGAGCUCAGCCAGGAACUGGAGAGUAGAGAGGAUGACGAAGGCAGCGGCAAUGAAAUCAACUUCGAUGAGAUUGCUGCCACAGAAAUUUGACCCAAGCAUCUCUAGAUUAUAUAAUUUGCACUACUGUCAGCAUGUCACAGAUCUGAUCUGUUUUGUGCUGUGUACAUGGAAACAGUCUGCUUGUUGUGGUGACUAACAAAACAUCUGCCGUGUAAAACCAGCCACACUUUAGUUCUGCCUCAAUGGUCUAUUCUCCAAGGAGUCCCACCUUAAAGCCAGUGCCCUCCGUUAGUCCUUAGUAGGCCCCUGCAUUAAUGUCAGUGUCCAUGUUGGCACCAACUAACUGGACACCAGUAUUUGGGCCAUCUUCCACAGUCUGAGACACUUGUGUGAGUAACUUCACGAACCUUUCACUCUCCUCCUCCUGUACUGUUAUGACUCCACCUCCCCCACUGGGUUUAGCACUACACUCCCACUCUGCUAGCAGCCAGCGCUCAUUAGUUCAUUUAGAGGGAGUGAGAUGCACUGGUGUCAGCAGACAGUAUUCGUGGGUUACCACACAUUCAGCAUGUUGUGCUAAGAGUGAGCAAAUCAGAACAAGGCGCUAAGGAUUGCGGUUUCACUGAAUGAUGUGGAGGGGAUUAGGUUAUUGUCCAUUUCAGAACUGUAUUUCCAAUACCAGUCGAAGGUUUGGACAUACCUGCUCAUUCAGUGGGGUUUCGUUAGUUGUUUUCUACACUGCAGAUUAAUAUUGAUGACAUCAAAACUAUGUAAUAACACAUAUGGAAUUAUGUAGUGAGCAACAAGUGUUAAAGCAAAAUGUUUCAUAUUCAUGCUUUGCACACUAUCAAGGCAAACACCUGCUGCUUAUUGCAUAGGUUUGAUGUCCUGAGUAUUAAUCUGCAGUGUAGAAAAUAACUGAGGAAAACCCACUGAAUGAACAGGUGUGUCCAAACCUUUGGCUACUGUCAGCUCUAAGUGCAUCGUGACCAGCUUGUAGUACUACUACCCUCUCACAGGCAUAGCAAAAUAUAUUUGUAAAUAUGGACGAACACCAAAUUCCUUCCUGCCUAAACACAUUACAGAAGAGGAUUAGAGCUACUAUAAAAAUGUAUUUGAGUUCUGGCUUUUAGUGGCCCUUAUUCUCUUCUGUACAUAACUUGGUGAGCAGACAGUAUUAGAAGCUUCUGACAAAUGGUUAAAUUCUACUCGCAUCAUGGACACUUUGCUCUAAAUUAUACAGCUGGUGGAAAUAGAAUCAUGAGCAUCUGUACGUUACAGUCUAACAACAACUGGAACAAACCUUCCAUUCAGUGCAGGUUAGUGUUUCUCUUGCUUGCACAUAGUCUGAGCCACAUUUCAACCAAGCUUGGUCAAACUGUGUGAUGUCGGAUUUAGCAUAUCACCUUCAUGAAGGUGAUGAUGUUCAAUGUAUUGGUUUAUCUGCAGUUUGCACAUUUGUUGUACUGGCCUGUGUUUUAUUGAGAGGUAUGUUACUUUAGCCUAGCCUAAUUGAUGUAAAAGGAUGGAUAAAAUGAUAGUCACACCUGUCAGUAUAACACAGAACAAUUCAAUGGCUUGGACCCUACAUCCUCCAAAAUGAUCACAUUUAAAUCAACAUCUAAACAGUUUGAAUAAAAACUGAUCAUCAUCUUAAUGAAGGUGGAGUCAGACUGUUAUGAGACCUCAUGCAUUUUAGGUAAUGUACCUAAUAAACUGGCAACUGGGUUUAUGUACAUUUAAGAAAAGUGUCUUAAGAGUAAAACCCACCCACACAUUCUUGUAUCCAUUAAUUAGUGAAAAUACUUCAGUAUUGUACUACUGUAUCCAAGAGGUGGGAAAAGACUGUGGACUUGUCUAACAUGCACGGAAUGAAGGCGUUGGGUGUAAAGUUGAAUUACUUGGACCAUGACAUGGCUGUUUUUCUACCAAAGUAGAGGAUCUGUUUUGUGUACAGUGUUUUUACUUCCCUCCUCAACAGACAACACAUCGUGUUCCUCUCUACUGUUAGAAUUACAACCUGUAAAUACCCCGCAAAAUAAAACACUGUGAAUAGACCAAAGCAACGUCGUACACAUUAUAUUUUGCUCCUGCAGUAGAUACAAUGCCUGUUCUGGUUGUUCUGGUUACUCUGUAUAAUUUUAUAAUCCACAAUAUUUGUAUUAAGACAAUGUAUAUUUUCAUGCUGUACAUUUCUUGAACAAGCGUAUGUUUUUAAUUAAAAAAGUGAAUUUAA